AUGGAGCAUGCUUUGGUUGCUCAGUUGCUGCAUCCAGCGCUGCCGCGGCAGCGCUUUAACGUGGCCAGUGAAGAUGUGUUUCAGUUGGAUACAGUUUUUCUGACUGAAUACAGUGGGCCUCUACUAAUCUACUUGCUCUUUUACAUUCGUCUCUCAAGUAUUUAUGUUGAAGAGGAGAGUACGGAGAGCUUCCGCCAUCCAGUAGUUCACUUGGCCUGCUUCUGUCAUUGUUUACACUAUGCCAGAUAUCUUCUAGAGACGUUAUUUGUUCACAAGAUUUCUGGAGGGCACACGCCUCUGAAAAACAUGAUAAAGGGCUGUGCCUUUUACUGGGGAUUCACUUCUUGGAUUGCUUAUUAUGUCAAUCACCCCCGAUACACUCCACCAUCAUUUGGCAACAGGCAAGUUAUUUUUGCUGCCCUGGCUUUUCUGAUGUGUGAAGCUGGAAAUCAUUUUAUCAACGUCGCUUUAGUCCAACAAAAUCACUCAGGGAAUAAAGCCUCUUUUCCAAGUCCAACUUACAACCCCUUCACAUGGCUAUUCACACUGGUUUCCUGUCCCAACUACACAUAUGAGAUUGGGUCUUGGAUUAGUUUUACGGUGAUGACACAAACGCUGCCAGUUGGAAUUUUUGCUUUCCUGAUGGCCAUCCAGAUGUCCCUCUGGGCCCAAAAGAAACACAGGCUCUACCUGAAGAAAUAUAAUAUGGGUGCGCUUAGGAAAACAGCCAUGAUUCCAUUCAUCUUCUAAGCUCUUCAAGCGCUAGAAGCCCAUAUUCACUGUUUGAGAACUGAUUCUGAAAACAAAUGAACCCUUUCAUUUAGUAACCAAAGAAGGCUUAGGCAAGAAUUGUUGGGUAUCAUUUUCAGACAAUUAACAUCAGAAGGGGGCGUUUUGAAUUAAUUGAACAGAAUAUGGCUUUGAACUCUUGGUUUGUGUUAGAAGAUAUGAUUGAAUUAGUUUUUGUGCAAUGGAGCUAAUCAGGAAGACAGGAAACUCUGUCUUGUGAAUGUUGGGACAAAUCAUCAGCUGGUGUCAAUGGGUGUUGCUCUGUUUCAAGCCCGUGGGGUGAUGCUGAUCUGCUCCCUGGGAGGAGCUGGCCCUUUUAAGGUUCAAUACCAAAUGCAGAUCAGAUUCUGAGCAUUUUGCAUUGCAGGAAAUGCCACAGCUUUAACUGUAUUCAAAGCAGCAUGUUCUGCGUAAAUCCCUCUAAGCUAUACCACCAAACAGUGUUGGUUUAUACAGUAUUAAUUAGGGUAGCUUUGCAGUUUUGUUUUACUGAACCAAUUCCUGACAACUGGCAAGUUGUUUGAUGAUGCAAACUGGCUUAAACUCAGCACUGUGGAGAAAUCUGUUUUGUUUUUUUUCCAGGAGGCAGCAUGGCCUAAGCGGAUUGAGUAAGUAUCAGGUGAAUGAAGUUCUAAUUCCAGUUUUAUGAACAUAAGCACUACCGCAAUGGGUCAGACCAAUGGUCCAUCUAGCCCAGUAUUCUGUCUCCAACUGUGACUGGUACCGG